AUGGACUACUACGAGCCUCCAAGCCUCUUCCGGCAAAAGGCCCUCCGGCGAGCGGCGCCCGGCAGCAGCCCGGACCUCGGCCACCAGCACAAGGCGGCCCGCCAACACAAAGCGGCCCCCGGCCCCCGCCCCGCCGCGGCGUGGCUUUGGCAACACCACCACCACGACACGCUGGUCUUGGACAAGGCGUGCGCGCUCGGCCGCACCAACAUCAAGUCCAACUACUGGAAGAUCCCGGACACGCACAUGAACCUCACGGCGUUGGCGCUCAGCGACGCGCGGGCCGCCGUGCCGCACGUGGCCAUCUCCAGCGCAAGCGAGAAAAACAACUUGUACAUCCACGAGCUCGACGCGCACCGGCACCACUUGACGCACCUCUCCACCAUCACGUUGCCGCACAUCCACGGGCUCGCGUGGGUGCCCGGCGGCGGCGCGCGGCUCCUCGUGACCGGCAACAGCAAGGGCUACGCGCACCUCGUGGCCGUGCCGCGGGCGCUGCCGGACGGCGCCGCCGACGGCCUCGAGAGCGCGGAGAUCGUCAAGCGCUUCAACCACCGCAAGCACUUGCGGCUCGCGGGCAGCGACGCGGCGGCCGCGGCACCCGGCCGCACGUGCGUGGCGGAAAUGGCGUUCCUCUCGCCCGCGCGGCUCGCGUCCUGCUACGCCGACACGGUGUUCGUGUGGGACAUCAACGGCACGCAGCUGGCCCGGCGCCCGCGGCCCGAGUCCAUCUCCGUGGUGCCGGGCGUGCGCAGCGUGGACGCGUGUGCGGACGCCGCGGCCACGGUGGCGCUUGCCGGCGCGUUUGGCGUGUCGCUCCUCGACACGCGGACCGGCCAGCACCGCGUGCCGCCGCCCUCGCUCUUCCACGGCCGCCCGCGCCUGGCCGCCGCCAACAGGGUCAAGUGGCACCCGCGGGACCAGCACGUGCUUGCCAGCUCGCACGCGGACGGCGUGGUGCGCGUGUGGGACGUGCGCAAGCAGGCGUGGUUCGCCGAGUUGACGGGCCACCGCGGCAAGACCGUCACGGCCAUGUCCUGGAACGGCGACGACUUGUUCACGGGCGCCAGCGACGGCAACAUCGUGCACUGGGACCUCACGCUGGGGCUCGGCGCGGCACCCGGGCUCUCGCGCCACGGCGGCCGGCUCCGCCACUGCUCGUUGCGCGACGGCAUCGACAGCGUGGCCUUCGACCCGGCGCGCAACGCCAUGGUGGAGCGCGUCAACGAGCGCCAGUGCGGCACGGCGCUCCCGGCGCUGAACAACCAGAUCGUGGGGCUCUGCCCGGUGCUGGCGCCCGGGCCGCGCGACGAGUGCAGCAUUCUUCUGAUUGACGGCGCGGCGUUCCUCGGGCUCCACUGCAAGAUCUACGACGCGGCGCGGCCCGCUGGACGGCUGAGCUGUGGUCCGCGGGGGGUGGUGCUGGACUCAAGGGACGAGCCGGUCCUGGUUUCAAGGGACGAGCCGGUCUUGGUUUCAAGAAAAGAGCCGGUCUUGGUUUCAAGAAAAGAGCCGGUCUUGGUUUCAAGGGACGAGCCGGUCUUGGUUCCAAGAAAAGAGCCGGUCUUGGUUUCAAGAAAAGAGCCGGUCUUGGUUCCAAGAAAAGAGCCGGUCUUGGUUUCAAGGGACGAGCCGGUCUUGGUUCCAAGAAAAGAGCCGGUCUCGGCUUCAAGAAAAGAACCGGUCUCGGCUUCAAGAAAAGAACCGGUCUCGGCUUCAAGAAAAGAACCGGUCCUGGACUUCCUCGGCAUGUGGGACGAGGCCAUAUCGCUCCACUCCGUGGACUCGUCGCCGGAACAAGAGCUGUCGCCGUACUCGUCGGGCAUGCUGGACAACUCGUCCAGCUGCUCGCUCUCCACGGUCGCCACGUUGAUCGACGCCGGAGGCCAGGCCAUGCCAAAGGACACGCUGUUCCAGUUGUUGGACAAGGAGCUCGAGCGGAUCUGCGACGAGUUUCCCAGCAUCUACCGCGACUGCUACUAG